AUGGCCACAGUAAGAGGGAUUUCCAGCGUUACUCGUCCUUUGCAUCUGACCUCUAUUGAUUGGAACAACACGCGCGACCGAACCUCAGUGGCAUCAUGUUUGGUAGAAGGAGUGUACAAAAUGGAAGUGGAUAGGCAAAAGAAUCGGUCAGGUCCCGAAUUACAAGCAACGAUCUGGUGGGAAAUGUUGCACUUCAGUUUACUUGAAACCCUGACCAACAACGACUCCGAUAGCUCCAUAUAUGGUGCCGUUUUCGAAUACAAGUACUACAAUCACCAAAACAUCCCUGGUUCGACAACACCUCCGCGUUACGUGAUCGCGUUCCGCGGCACAAUCCCGAAAUCACAAACUUGGUUUUGUGAUUCGGCACUUAAUCUCCGAAUCAUCUUCGACAGCCUCCAUCAAGGCCCUAGGUUUACGCACGCAAUGCAUACAAUCCGUAAUUUCGUGGCCAAACACAACCACACAUCUGUUUGGCUCGCUGGUCACUCUCUGGGAGCUGGCUUGGCAUUGCUGGCCGGAAAAACCAUGGCUAUGUCUGGAUUCUUGCUCGAGACUUACAUUUUCAACCCUCCAGUCUCCUCUUUUCCUCUGGAGACGCUAAUUAAGAGUAGAGUGGUAAAAGGUGGAAUUAAAAUCACCGGGAGUCUCAUCAAAGUCGGCUUAGCCAAGAUCUUUAAGGAUCUUGAGGAAGAUGAUCCAUCUACGAAUAUAGCAUCAUGGACGCCUAAUUUAUAUGUGAACCCAAGAGAUGUAAUCUGCUCAGAAUACAUUGGUUAUUUCAAGAACAAAACCUUCAUGUCUAAGAUUGGUUUAAGCGAAAUCGAGAGGAUCGCAGCUAAAAACCCACUUAGGAGUCUAUUCGUGGGAAAAGGAGGAACAUCAACACCAACAGAUUUGUCAAAUGAGCCUCUUCACCUUCUUCCAUCGGCUUUUAUGACUGUUAAUACGAGCGGGUCGCAAGAUAGAAUAAAGGCUCAUGGGCUUAACCAAUGGUGGGAUCCUUUGUUUAAGGGAGAGUAUGUUUUGUACCAGUUUAGUUCAUGA